AUGCUCUCUGGCUGGGCUGGGGGCUUCGGGCCUGGCACGCCGUCGGUGGGCUCCAGCGUGCUGCGGCAGGAGUGCGCCAGAUUCCUUUGCGGGGAGGCCAGGAGGUUGGCCGACUCCACCCGGGCCUGGGCCCUGGGCUCCCUGCUCCGAGGGCCGGACCCCGAGGUGCGCCAGGCCGUCCUGGCCUGGGUGCUGGAAGAGGGGGGCCGCUGCAAGCCUGUGGCCAGUGUUCUUCGGGCCCUGCUGCUGGAGACGCUGUGGCCUGUGCUGCAGGAGGGAGGCAGCCCCGAAGGCCUGAAGCUGCACCUGGAGGCCUUGGUGCACCUGCACGAGGACCCGUCUGCCCACAAUGACCCGCUCUUGCCGCUGCCACCCCCAGACUGCCUAGAUCAACUGCUCUCCUUGGUGGAGACGGCUGGCACCAGCCCGACCCUCCAGAGCAGGGCACUGCCCGCCCUCAGCCUGCUCCUGACCCUGGGGCCUGAGGACUUUUCUGGCUUGGGCCCCUGGAGCCUGGUUCUCGAACGCUGGAGUGAGCCCCGCACCAGUGAGGAGCUGAGACUGGCAGCAGCGCAGUCCCUCCGCCUGGCUGGGGUCCAGGUGGUGAUUGAAGCCUGGGCAGACUCGGAGCCCACUGUGGCAGCUCUGGCUCUCCGGCUUUUGAAUGCUGGUAUUUUCCUGCUGCAAGAUGAGGACAAGGCAGUGAGGCUGGAAGCAUCCAUGUUUGCCAGCCUCCUGGCCCAACAGAUAGGGGCCCAGCCCUGGGAGGCUGGCAUGACGCUGCAGGCCAAUCAGGGACUGCUCUUGCUGCUUCGGGUCAUUGGGACCCACUUUGGGGCCUGCGAGGACACCUGGCCACUUCUGUUGCGCCACCUCCCCCAGUGUGAUCUGGAGGGCCUCUUGGAGGAGAUCGGCACUAGUCGGACCCCCAGCCUCUACGAAGAGGAUGGAGACAACUUCUUUGCCGAGCCGGCUGUGUUUGCCCAGCUGCUGCUCCCCUUCUUGCUCCAAAUGCUGGACAAGGCUGAGGACGAAGCACCCCUCCGAGCCAAGGCCCAGCAGUGGGCAGUGGCUCGAGCCCCUGCAGUCCUUCAGAGCCUCCGUCGCUGCUGCCUCUGGUGGAGUCAAGACGGUGCCGACACUCUGUUCCUGAAGGCCCUGGGCUGCCCCAAGGUGCACACGGCCCUCGCCGUGCUGCUGGUGGAGGCUGAGCUCUUGGCCCGGGUUCUGGAGGCCCCGCCAGGCGGUGACGAGGCAGCGCCUGAAGCCGGCUGCUCUGCCGAGGAGCUGAAGGAGGCCUGGGAGAAGGCUCGGGCCGUGCUCACUCGGCACGGCAUGGCUUCUCGGCCGGAGGACGGCAGGCGGCCAGGGCCGGACGAGGGGCUCUGUGCUCUCCUCACUGCUUCUGGUGGCCCCCAAAGGGCAGGGGAGCCAUCGUGCGACCAGUAGCUUUUCUGCAGGACUUCGGUGGCCCGAGGGGUCCCCGAGGGUGUCCGGUGACGGUGUGGGACAGACAGAGCCCUUUCCCUGGCCCCUCCUCCAUUCAGGGGGAACUCCUCCUGCUCUGAUGGACAUCUCCCCCUACAGCCACCCACGAGCGACUCAGAUCAGUCUUUGGGGAGCCCCAGAGGGCCCUGGGCUCCCCGUGAGCACUGGAGGGGACUUCAGAAACUGGCUGAUCCAAUCCCCUCAUUUUACAGAAGAGA